GAAGACUUGAAAGUAUACCGAAACAACAGGAAGCGAGAGCAAAGAAAUCAAUCGUUUGAUACAAGAUCGUUCACAAGGUAUUGGAUACCUAAAUUUCUCACCGAACGGGCGGCUAUUACGAGAGUUGCGGAUGCUUCCGAGAAGUUGGGUAUUAUGGAAGAUGAGUCGUUUAUGAGCGAUGUUGAGGAUUAUGUCAAACAGCAUAAUGUGCACGAAAUUCUCAGGGACUGCGUUGUUAACUUGUGCAUGCACCGUCCUAGCAAUCCAAUUGCAUUUCUCCGUGAGUAUUUUGAGAAGCUAGAGGUUUGUAAUGAGAAAUGUACUGCAGCAUCAACUAGUCACGUAACUGGGUUCGCUUUUCAUAAACACUCAGAACGCAAUGAAGAUUCAAACACAUUUCCUAUAUCAAAUACCUCCAGUCGCCCUUUCCAAAAUGAAGGUAAAAGUCAUGGAAGUGGUUGCUUUGGUGUUAUUAUUCCCUCCGUAAGCUCUCAAAAUUGUGGGCAAUCUUCAGAAAUGAAUAACCAUCGAUACUCCUGUGAUACAGAUAAUCUUAUUCCUAACAAUCUUGAAAAAAGUUUGACCGAAUCUCCUUUGAAAGUUGAUAGUAGUUACGAAUCCAACAAUAUGAAUGAGGAUGGAAGUGGUUAUGAUGGAGGAAAUGGUGGGGGGACGAGAGGCUUGUUAGCUGUAUCACCUGGAGUUAGUUUAACUAGACGUCGAUCUCGAAGAGGAGCAGUUAGCGGUGAAGUUUAUACAGAAGAAGAUGCUGCAUCUUACGUUAAGAAGGUUGUACCGAAGGACUAUAAAACGAUGACAGCUCUUUCAAAGGCUAUCGCCAAAAAUGUCCUAUUUUCUCAUUUAGAUGAGACGGAAAGGAGUGAUAUAUUUGAUGCCAUGUUCCCUGUACAUCGUAAUUCAGGCGAUGUGAUUAUUCAACAAGGAGAUGAAGGUGAUAAUUUCUACAUAAUCGACCAGGGUGAGGUUGAUAUCUUCCUCAAUAAUGAGUAUAGUAGUACAAUCGGGGAAGGAGGUAGUUUCGGUGAAUUAGCUCUCAUUUACGGUACGCCUAGAGCAGCUACGGUUAGAGCGAAAACGGAAGUUAAAUUAUGGGGUAUUGAUCGAGAUUCUUAUAGAAGAAUAUUGAUGGGGAGUACUAUUCGUCGUCGAAAAGUGUAUCAGGAAUUCUUAUGUCGUGUACCUAUUUUAGAUAAUCUUGACAAAUGGGAACGAUUAACUGUAGCAGAUGCUCUAGAACCAGUCCGUUUCGAAGAUGGUGAAGUUGUUGUACGUCAAGGUGAACAUGGUGAUGACUUCUUUAUUAUUACAGAGGGUACAGCUGCUGUUUUGCAAAGGCCGUCUGAAUCCGGUGAACAAGUUGAAGUCGGUAAAUUAAGACCAUCAGACUAUUUUGGUGAGAUUGCUUUACUGCUUGACCGACCACGUGCAGCGACUGUUGUUGCCCAAAGUACUCUACGCUGCGUGAAACUUGAUCGCAAACGAUUUGAGCGUGUCAUGGGUCCGUGUUCAGAUAUUUUGAAACGCAACAUAGCUAAAUAUAAUAGCUAUAUUUCUUUGAGUGUAUGAAUCUGUAGUUCUUUUUUAGGGUAAUUAGUUCCCAGAAUGGAAAGUUGGGUCUACCUUGUAUGAAUUUAGAAAAGCUACAAAUCUUCCAAAGUAGUUUGUUUUACUAUAACACAGAAUAACGCCAACAAUGGAUUCUUUAUUUAUUAAUCCUCGAUACAAAUAUAUGUUAGAAACGCCUUUGAUGCUUUUUAAAAACAAUUGUAAACUGGUGCGGGAAACAUGGUACAAUAACAGAAACACGUGCAUAUUCCAUCUGGUUCUUGACAUUUGCUCAUGAUUAAAGGAAGGUGUUGUGUAUGGUGAAUAAACGCAUAAUACAUCUAUUCGGGCUUGACUAUAAAAAAGCCUUGAUUUUGCAGCAAACAUUGCACUUAGCUUAGAGAAUCGUCAGCAAGACGAUUGCGUGUGACCCAAUCCUGAGAGACAAGGA